AUGACUGAGCCCAAUAUGAGCCUAGUGACCACCAACAUCAGCGGGGCCGGGAGCGACAACCUGGGGUAUGGAGCAGGGAACUUCUACCGUCCGUUUUCGGUGUUCAGCGUGCUAACCCUCACCCUGCUAGCCAUGCUGGUGGUGGCCACCUUUGUUUGGAACCUCCUGGUUCUCCUCACCAUCCUGAGGGUGCGGACCUUCCACCGUGUGCCCCACAACCUGGUGGCUUCCAUGGCCAUUUCAGACGUGAUGGUGGCUGCAUUGGUCAUGCCACUGAGCCUGGUACACGAGCUCAAUGGGCGGCUGUGGAAGCUGGGCCGCGUGCUCUGCCAAGUGUGGAUCUCCUUCGACGUGCUUUGCUGCACGGCCAGCAUCUGGAACGUGACCGCCAUCGCCCUAGACCGCUAUUGGUCCAUCACCAGACACUUGGAAUACACGCUCAAGACUCGCAAGAGGAUCUCCAAUGUGAUGAUCGUACUCACCUGGCUGCUGUCCUCAGUCAUCUCCCUGUCGCCACUGUUCGGCUGGGGGGAGACCUACUCAGAGGAGGGCAUGGAGUGCCAGGUGAGCCAGGCACCCUCCUACACCAUCUUCUCCACCUUCGGAGCGUUCUACCUGCCGCUGUGCGUGGUGCUCUUCGUCUACUGGAAGAUCUACAAGGCGGCCAAGUUCCGCAUCGGCUCGCGCAAGACCAACACCAUCACGCCUAUGGCUGAGGUGAUUGAGGUGAAGGAGGCAUCGGGGCAGCCCCAGAUGGUGUUUACUGUGCGCCACGCUACGGUGACCUUUCAGAUGGACGGCGACACGUGGCGCGAGCAGAAGGAGAAGAAGGCGGCGCUGAUGGUGGGCAUACUGAUCGGCGUCUUCGUCCUCUGCUGGAUCCCCUUCUUCCUCACAGAGCUCAUCAUCCCACUGUGCCACUGCGACAUUCCGCCCAUCUGGAAGAGCAUCUUCCUGUGGCUGGGCUACUCCAACUCCUUCUUCAACCCACUAAUAUACACAGCUUUCAACAAGAACUACAACAACGCCCUGAAGAACCUGUUCUCCCGCCAACACUAAGCCUGGGGAUGAGGGCUGGAGGACGAGGGCUGGAGGACAAAACUGACAGUGUAAAAUAACGGUUAAAAUCAGCGGGUCCUAUC